AUGGGGCAGAUCGAUCUUUCUACUUGCGGAGAAGAUUUAUGCGUUCAAAAAACACGUUCCGGUUGGAUAAUUGGAGGAACUCUGGGCAAUUCGAAAUUACAUAAUAAUGUAGUAAAUUGUCACAUAACUGAGUUACAAGACAGUGUUAACCGAUUUUGGGAAAUUGAAGAAGGGCAACCUCAAAACCACUUCUUAGCUGAAGAACUCGAAUGCGAUAAGCACUUUCAGCAACAUAUUACGUGCAGUAAAUCAGGUCGUUACAUCGUAGCUCUACCGUUUAAAAACAGUAGAGAAGAAUUAGGUGAAUCGCAGUCUAAGGCAUUAAAAUGCUUAAAAUCAUUAUUUUACAAAUUCACAAAAAAUCCUGAUUUAGAAGUCAAAUACAGACAGGUCUUAGACAAAUAUGUAACAUUACGUUACAUGACCGAAAUCACCAACGGCAUAGUAGUUUUUAACGGAUCUGCCAAAACAAAUAUCGCCCUAUCACUUAAUGACAAACUUAUGGUAGGUUCUACUAUUCAAAGCGAUAUAGUCUCGCUUAUCCUGAAAUUUCGCUUGCAUAAUUUUGUUAUAACAGCUGAUAUAGAGAAGAUGUAUAUAUAA